GGCCUUCCAGCCAAAAGGCAGGCGGAGAGCAGGAGAGGCACAGAACACAGCAUUGGUUCCGAGGCAGCCAGUUAGCCCGCCGCCUGUCUGUCUGUCCGCAGAGCCAUGGAGAGAGCCAGCCUGAUCCAGAAGUCCAAGUUGGCCGAGCAGGCUGAACGCUAUGAGGACAUGGCAGCCUUCAUGAAGAGCGCCGUGGAAAAGGGUGAGGAGCUAUCCUGCGAAGAGCGCAACCUGCUCUCAGUGGCCUACAAGAAUGUGGUGGGUGGCCAGCGGGCCGCGUGGAGAGUCCUGUCCAGCAUCGAGCAGAAGAGCAACGAGGAGGGCUCAGAAGAGAAGGGCCCAGAGGUGCGAGAGUACCGGGAGAAGGUGGAGACGGAGCUCCGGGGCGUAUGCGACACGGUGUUGGGCUUGCUGAACACCCAUCUCAUCAAGGAGGCCGGUGACGCCGAAAGUCGGGUCUUCUACCUGAAAAUGAAGGGCGACUACUACCGGUACCUGGCUGAGGUGGCCACCGGUGAUGACAAGAAGCGCAUCAUUGACUCAGCCCGGUCGGCCUACCAGGAGGCCAUGGACAUCAGCAAGAAGGAGAUGCCGCCCACCAACCCCAUCCGCUUGGGCCUGGCCCUGAACUUUUCUGUCUUCCACUAUGAGAUCGCCAACAGCCCCGAGGAGGCCAUCUCGCUGGCCAAGACCACCUUCGACGAGGCCAUGGCUGACCUGCACACCCUCAGCGAGGACUCCUACAAAGACAGCACCCUCAUCAUGCAGCUGCUGCGGGACAACCUGACGCUGUGGACGGCCGACAACGCCGGGGAAGAGGGGUGCGAGGCUCCCGAGGAGCCCCAGAACUGAGCCGUGCCCGCUGCCCUCCCUGCCCUGCCCUGCCCGCUCGUCCCCCACUCCUGGCAGAGAGGACUUGUACGGGGUGGGAGGCCCAACCCUUCUCCCCAGAUGCUCUGCCCCAGCUCAGAAAGGCUCCACAGAGAGGAACCAGCAGAGCUGAGGCCACCUGGAGCCAGAGGAUUCCAUGCUUCCUGCAGCUGUCAGGUGCUCCUGGCCACUGGUCAUCCCACCCAGCCCUGCUCUCUGCACCUCCGCCCCCCGACCCCACCCCUGAACCUGGCCACUUCCUCCCCACCCCGCCCCCCUCCUGCCCCUGCUACCUCUGGAUCUUAGGAAUUGAGGAGUGUCCCACCCUUGUGGCUGAGAACUCAACUGUGUGGCAGAGGCUGGAGAUGAGAGAGAGAGAGAGAGAGAGAGAGAGAGGGGGAGAGAGAGAGAGAGUGUGUGCGCGUGUGUGCGUGCAGCGAGCAAGACCAAGGAAGAGAGGGAAAGCAUGUCUGCUGGGUGUGACCAUGUUUCCUCUCAAUAAAGUUCCCCUGUGACACUC